UAAAAAUAACAACAAGAUGAGCUACAAAACUGUUGCAGAUUCAUCACAACUCAAAUUUGCCGAGAAACUUGUAAUUCUCAAUGAUCGAGCUGUUGGAAUGUUGACUAGAAUUUAUAAUAUGAAGAAAGCCUGUGCUGACCCAAAAUCGCAGCCACAAUUUCUUAACGACAAAACACUUGAAUCGGCUAUUUCUUAUAUUGUUAAACGAUUUCCUGUGAUUGAUAUUAAACGAAAUUCUACAGUUUAUUCAUCCAUUAACGAUAUGAAGGGGAAUAUUAUCAAAAAAUUGUCUUUGUAUUAUUACACAUUUGUGGAUUUGUUGGAUUUGAAGGAUGCUAUUUUGCAGCUUUUUACUGCUAUGGAUGCUAAUCAAUGCCGAUUAAAUAUUGUUAGUUUAUUUUUAAAAUUAUUUUUUGAAGAAAAUGUCAAGGGGGAUUUCCUUAGAAAAAUAUCUUAA